AUUUCUAUAUUGGUUGCUGUUGUACUUUUAAGCAUUGCAGGAAUAACAGAAGCAAUGUACCUAAUUAUUCCACCAAAUCGUGGUAUAAGAAACUGGGACGAUGCAGUUACCUUUUGCCGAAGACGUUCAGCCAGAAUUGCAAAGAUUGAUAGUGCAAGCGAAUGGAAUGCUCUGUAUGAUAUCCUCAAAUGUGAAAAUGAUAAAGGAGAUGGCUGGUAUAUCGGAGGAAAGGCAAGAAAUGGAAAAUGGUAUUGGGAAGACGGGUCAUAUAUGGCAUACAAAAACUUCGCUCCAAACUUUCAAUUAUUCCCACAGGAGGCGACUACCAGAACCGUCUACAAUUAUGCCUUUGUACCGUCUUUGGGCCGUUACUGGAAAUAUGUAUCCCCUCGAUCAUCCAAUAUUCUUGGAGUCAUUUGUGAGAAGACUUGUUGAUAUUGCAAAUAAAUCUUUCUUUUUA